AUGUCUUCUCCAGCUCAAAAUUGUAAAGUUGCUGACAUUUCCCUAGCUGCCUUUGGUAGAAAGGAAAUUGAAUUGGCUGAACAUGAAAUGCCAGGUUUGAUGGCCAUUAGAGCCGCCUACGGCGAUGCUCAACCUUUGCAGGGAGCUCGUGUCGCUGGUUGUUUGCACAUGACCAUCCAGACCGCCGUGUUGAUCGAGACUUUGGUUGCCUUGGGUGCCGAGGUCACCUGGUCGUCGUGUAACAUCUACUCGACCCAGGACCACGCCGCUGCUGCUAUCGCCGCUGCCGGUGUCCCAGUGUUUGCCUGGAAGGGUGAGACUGAGGAGGAGUACUUGUGGUGUAUCGAACAACAGUUGUUCGCUUUCAAGGAUAACAAGAAGUUGAACUUGAUCUUGGACGACGGUGGUGACUUGACCUCUUUGGUCCACGAGAAGCACCCAGAGAUGUUGAAAGACUGCUUCGGUUUGUCCGAGGAAACAACCACCGGUGUCCACCACUUGUACAAGAUGGUCAAGGAGGCCAAGUUGAAGGUCCCAGCCAUCAACGUCAACGACUCCGUCACCAAGUCCAAGUUCGACAACUUGUACGGUUGCAGAGAAUCCUUGGUUGAUGGUAUCAAGAGAGCCACUGACGUUAUGUUGGCUGGUAAGGUCGCCGUCGUUGCUGGUUUCGGUGAUGUUGGUAAAGGUUGUGCCGACGCCCUAAGAGGCAUGGGUGCACGUGUCAUUGUCACUGAAAUUGACCCUAUCAACGCUUUGCAAGCCGCUAUGCAAGGUUUCCAAGUCUUGCCAAUGGAUGAAGCUGCCGCUCAAGGUCAAGUCUUCGUCACCACCACUGGUUGCAGAGACAUUAUCACCUCCGAACACUUUUUGGCCAUGCCAGAAGAUGCCAUUGUAUGUAACAUUGGUCACUUCGACAUUGAAAUCGAUGUUGCCUGGUUGAAGGCCAACGCCAAGGAAUGUAUCAACAUUAAGCCUCAAGUUGACCGUUACUUGUUGCCUACUGGUCAACACGUCAUUUUGUUGGCUGACGGCAGAUUGGUCAACUUGGGUUGUGCCACUGGUCACUCCUCUUUCGUCAUGUCGUGCUCCUUCUCUAACCAAGUCUUGGCUCAAAUCGCUUUGUUCAAGGCUCACGACCUACAAUUCAGACAAAAAUAUGUCGAGUUCGAAAAGACCGGUCCUUUCGAAAUCGGUGUUCACGUUUUGCCAAAGAUCUUGGACGAAGCUGUCGCUAAAUUCCACUUGGACAAAUUGGGUGUCCGUUUGACUAAACUAACCCCAACCCAAUCGGAGUACUUGAGUAUUGCUCCAGAGGGUCCAUUCAAGGCUGAUCACUACAGAUACUAA